AUGUCUGCGCGUUCCCAGCGGAGCAUGCGCCGGACGCAAGCGACCCGGGAGCAGCCAAGCACCGCAUCCGACACACAAAACUCUUCAGAGUCUGCUGAAGAUGCAUGGAUUGAGACAUUAACAGGUGCAACGCGCGAUUCAUUUACCAGUGGCGCACGUUCCGCAGCGCUUGCUCUUGGUCCAGCGGAAACGGAGCGUAAGUCUGCGGAUAUCGUGCGUCUUGCGCUAUUCACCGAGUACAAACGUCAAUCCAUAAAGCGCGACGAUAUUAUGAAAAAAAUCAUCGGCAAGCCAGCGGCCCGUGCAUACCCAAUUAUUCUGAGCAGUGCUCAAAACAAGCUGCGCACCACAUUUUCGUACGAGCUUGUCGAUAUCCGCAUGCGCUCUCAAGAGAAUCCGCUGCUGGUCGAGCAAGCGGCGGAGCUCGACGCUCGCACCGUAAAACGACCCAGGACCGAGGAGCGCGCAAAAGAGCUCGCAUCUGCACAUGCGUAUAUUCUACGAUCGACCCUACCUCUUACGCUAAUAGCAAAGAUGGCCGCGCACACUGACCCGCCGCUGCUAGACUGGCACGAAGAUGGCCAGCUUGCACGUAUGGGUCUCCUGUACACGAUCCUAAGCAUCGUUCUCCUGCAUGGCCGCCAGAUUUCCGAAACACGGCUGCGGGCGCUUUUAGCACAGCUAUCACUCUCUGUCGACCGUGCCCUGCCGCAAGCGCUCCAGCCGUUUGUGACGGAUGCAGAUGCAAUGGAUCCACACUUGCAAAGGCUUACAUUGGAUUCCUACCUAGCACAGCUGCAGCGCCAUGGGUAUCUAGACAAGGUGCGCGUACAAACCGCGCGAGGCCACGAUGGGGGCGUGCCAGCGCCGGAAUUUGAAUUGCGGUGGGGUCCGCGCGCAGAGGCCGAGGUCGGCGAGCCUGCGGUUGCUGGCUUUGUCGCGCAACUCUACAGCGAGGCGAAGCCCGAGGAAGGCAACGCGAUAAGGCCAGACGAGGUAUUUAUCAAGCAAGUAGAACGGGCCGCGGGCUCCAAAUUGGUAGGCUAG